AUGGGUUUCUUUAACUCAGAGUUUCUGCUCUUCAUAAACCUGCUCAGCCUGGUGUCAGGGCUGCUGAUCUCAUCGUCCCCUUUCUCCCAGAUGCCUUUCCUCUCAGUGUGGAACGCACCCACUGAAAGCUGCCUCUCUCAAUAUGGCAUCAACCUGGACUUGGACACUUUCAGCAUCACCAUGAAUAAUAACCAAACCUUCAUGGGGGAUAACAUAACCAUCUUUUAUAGUGGAAAGCUUGGUCUGUAUCCCUGGUAUACUGCUCAAUCAAAGGCCAUCAACGGCGGGGUGCCACAAAACGCAAAUCUAGAUGAACACCUGAGAGUUGCCUCUGAUAAUAUCCGCACCUUCAUCCCUGACAGGGAUUUCCAAGGCCUGGCUGUGGUGGACUGGGAGAACUGGAGGCCUGUAUGGGAGAGGAACUGGGACAGUAAGCAGGUGUACUGGGAGGCGUCCAGAGUACUAGUGAAGUCUAGGCAUCCAGACUGGAGCCCUGCACAGGUCGAGGCUGCAGCUCGGAUAGAGUUUGAGAAAGCUGGAAGGAAGUUCAUGGAGGAAACUCUGAAACUGGGGAAGGAGGAGAGACCAGGCGGGCUGUGGGGUUUCUACGGUUUCCCAAACUGCUACAACCCCUACAACCCCAAAAUCAAAAACUACACCGGGGAGUGUCCAGCUGUGGACAAAAAGUGGAAUGACGAGCUGGUGUGGCUGUGGAACGUCUCCUCUGCUCUGUAUCCUGAUAUCUACCUGAGCCUGGAGCUGAGAGGGCUCAGCAGAGAGGUGCUGCUCUACACCCACCACCGUAUCCUGGAGGCCAUGAGAGCAGGAGCUCAGUCUGCUCCAGUAGUACCUCCUGUGUUCCCCUAUGCUCGUAUUGUCUACACACACACCCUAGAUUUCCUCUCCCAGGUAUAGCAGAUGGUUAAAUACCACACACUCAUUAUUGAUUGUCAGGAUUUGCUCUGAAUGUCUUGCCUCCUUUUAUUUUCCUCCUGCAGGAGCACCUGGUCUACACCAUUGGAGAGAGCGCUGCUUUAGGAUCUGCCGGGGUGGUGCUUUGGGGGAAUCUUAACUUUGCCAAGUCUAAGGUGGGAAAACACGCCACCUUCUGUGUGCAGAGUACAGUAAUACUCUCUGAUCAUGUUCAUUCUGCUCGAUUCAGUCAGAUAUCAUCCAUCAUCCUCCAAAAACAGCAAGAAACUUUGAUAUACACACAGAUUUUUGGGAUUUAUUAAAAGAUAACCUUUAAAGGGAUAUUCCGGCAUAAAAUUAAUUUAGGGUCAAACACACCGCAACACCAAGUUAGACACCCCCUCCAGAGAUGACCAACUUUAGUAGUGACCGCAGAUAGCAAUACAGAGAGCCGCAUGCUCAACAAAAAAGCCACUUUAUAGCCACAAAUAAUGCUCAGAACAGCACCUAACUUCAUCAACAGUACAUACAUCUUUUUAGCUUUGCCUAAUUUCUUUAGCGAAGAGACUAAACACAACUUACCUACUCUUUUCCAGCAGCCGCAUGUUUGUAGUGAGACUUCGGGCCAGUCCAUUACGGACUACAGCGGGGUGACGCAGCUCAAGGAAGAACAUUUAUGAUCAUUACUUUAUCAUUUCCUUGAAGUAAUAAUCAUCAUAUUAAUCAUUUUGCACUGCAGACGCUGCAGUUCUUCUGUCUUAGCAUCUCAGUCUCAUUGCAUUUCCAUGAAGAUAUGAUCACAAUGAGCUGCGUCACCCCGCUGUAGUCUGUCAUGGACUAGCCUGAGGUCUUACUACAAACAAGCGGCUGCUGGAAGAGAGAGGGUAAGUUGUGUUUAGUCUCUUUGCUAAAGAAAUUAGGCAAAGCUAAAAGAUGUAUGUACUGUUGAUGAAGUUAGGUGCUGUUCUGAGCAUUAUUUGUGGCUAUAGACCGGCUUUUUGGUUGAGGUUUGUUUAUGACUCCUCAGACCGCUGUGUAUUGCUAUCGUGUGGUCGUUACUAAUGUUGGUAUAACUAGAGAAGCAAGCGGUCAGCAACAUUCAUCUCUCGAGGGGGUGUCUAACUCGGUGUUACAGUGUGUUUGACCCUAACUUAAUUUUAUGCCGGAAUAUCCCUUUAAUUGUCCCCUGUUCUAGCAUAUCGAUAAAAGAAUUAUACAUUUAUAUCUUAUUUAUCUGAAAAUCUAAAUCCUAUCAUUAUGAGUAACCAUGUUUGACUGCCUUUAAAACAGACCAACACUUAGAAAACACUCUUUUGAGUUUCGUGCCAAUGCUGGGUUACAUCAGACUUCUAUUUGUAUGUCAUGAGAGUAUGUCUCAUAUGAUGGCACUGGUGUUGCCUUAUCGCCAUGCUGAUACACAAGUCACAUGAUUAACAGGAAAUAAGAAAACAGGAAACAAGCAAAGACAUCACCCUGACGUGGGAAAGAGAACUGUAAAUGUAGCUCUAAAAAAAGAGUACCAAAGAAGAGCUGUGAGGCAUGUCGUCAGUGUGAGCUACAGCCUGCAGUGGUGUUCUCACUGCAACGUGUGAAUUUUUAAAGUUAGCGUUUUAAAGAAGUGAACUGCAACUUUGCACUUACUCUGUUUUUUUUAUGCACCAAUACAGACACAUCUUAGAAGAUAAGAUCAUGAAAAUAUGGAAAGUGAAAACUCAUUAUUUCCUCUAAUCAUUACACAAGUUUAAGUAAAUUACUAUUCACGGUGCAGCUCUCAAUGUAGGUCAGAACACAGUCAUAGGGAAGACUGAAAAGAAUCAAUCAGAUGUUUGUAUUUGGUACAUCAUAGAUCUAUCAGAUCAUUUCUGCAGGUCAUAAAUUUACAUGUCAGUGAAUGGCUGUGAAUGGAGACAUGGGGUGGGAGCCUCCAAAUUUUAGACACAAAUGUGAAAUGCUUCAGCUUUGGAGCAGAAUUGCAAAUAUGUCUGAUCAGAGACUUACCAAGUUAUUAAUUUGGUAAUUUUUUAAAUUGUCAUCCAUGGACCAAUGAGUUGAAAUCUAUACUGUUUCAAUAAAAUGUCAUUUAUUUCAAAGUAAAGAGACAAAUGUCUCUGACGUACAAAUAAAAAUCUUGUGCAACCCCGAAAUAUGAACUUACAGCCUCAUAAAAACUAGUUAUGGUGUUUAAUUUUGUGUUAAGUAGAAUUUCACUUAAAGGUAAAGACACCCCUGUGCACAGUUACAAUCAGGAACUUCAGUUAGUUUUACAGUCUGACAGUUUGUGAGUCAUGUAAGUUAGGUGAAAUGGAGAACAACAUUCAUUUUUUGUUUUGCUGUCCCAUGCAAAAAAGGGAUGUGUUUUUUAGUCUUCAAUUAAUGCUGGUUAUUUCUGGUUUUGAUUUUAUCUCUUUUUUUAUUGCAUGGUAUCUGCAAAGCCUGGGAGAAAAGGCAGGAUAAAAUUUUAAAGGCAGAGCGGUAAAGGAACAUGCAGCUUCGACUGUAAUGAGUCAGCCACCGAAGGUCAUUUGUGAAAAGGCUGGCUGUUCCCAGAGUGCAGUUAUCGAGGCAUAAUAACUAAAAGUUGACCUGGAGGAAAUAGUGUGAGAGGAAAAAGCGCACAAGCAACGGGGAUGACUGCAGCCUUGAGAGGAUUGUCAGGAAAAGUCUGUUCAAGAACUUAAGAGAGCUUCACAAGGAGCGGACAGACGCGAGUACUGUCAUUUUCUGAAGAUGAGCCAGACAGCCCAGAAGAGCCUUCCAUGGCUAAGAGGGAAAAAAACUAGACAGUUGAAUAGACAUCCAAAAUCUUCUUUAUAGAAAUGAAGUUUUGAAUUUCAUUUGAUAAUCAAGGUCUGCGCAGAUCUGGAGAAAAGGCGAAGGGCACAGAAUCUGAGGUGUUUAAAGUCUGGAGGAAAGUCUCCACAGUCUGUGAUGAUUGGUAGAGUCAUGAUAGUUGCUGCUGGAGUUGGUCCACUGUAUUAUAUCCAAUCAAAAAUGAAAGCAGCAGUCUUCAAGGAGAUUUUAGGGCAUUUUGUGCUUCUAUCUGCUUAAAAGUGUCAUUGGAGGUGCUGAUUUCCUAUUCCUGUAGGACUGAGCAUCUGCCCACGGUGCCAAAACUCCUACCAAAGGUUUUACCGCUGAUGAUAUUACUAUGCUUGAUUGAACCCUAAAGAGAAUCAUGAAGAUAUUUUUCACUUUUACUUUGUAUUUCAUGUCGUCCUUCCUCUCUCCCACUUUUAGGCCACAUGUCAAGCCAUCGAAUCCUACAUGGAUGAGACUCUGGGUCCAUAUUUGGUGAAUGUAACAUCUGCAGCCAUUCUCUGCAGUCGGACCUUGUGCUCUUCUCAAGGAAGAUGCCAAAGGAAGAAGAUGAGCUCAGGGGCCUACCUCCAUCUUAACCCUGCCAUGUGGAGGGUGGAGUCAGAGAAAAGUCCAGAAGGAGGGCGGAGCUACAGAGUUUUAGGUGAUAUGAGAGCGAACAUGGUGCAGUUCAUGAAGGCUGAUUUUCAGUGUGUGUGUUAUUAUGGCUGGGGUGGUGAGAGCUGCUCUAAACCAAUCCCAGUUUGA